GGGCUGGCCGGGCAGAGCAUCCCGGGGAUGCCCCGGGGAGCGGCUCCGCGGCUGCCGGAGCGCUCCUUUGUCACCCGCAUGCACCGCGCCGAGAGCCGCCGGGAAACGGGGAUUUGGGGGGUGACACAAAAGCACUGGGGCCCUGAUGGUCAGAGGACAUGCACAGACCUUCAGCUGGAGAAUGGUGUGUGGGGAAAAUCCAGCCCUACCAAGGAAUCUCUGCCUUCCCAAAACACAACAUUGAUUUCACCCAUAAUCAUUACACAGAUUGAUGAGGAUAAGUCCAGAGGAAACCAGCUCUCUCUGCCUAUGCAGGCCCUGAUCCCCCAGCCCAGAGCUUGUCACACAAAGCCAUCCUUGACUAACCAGGGCUCAGCCAUCGUUAGCAGAACAUUUUUGGUGCUUCCCAGCAGGUUAGAGAUUCAGGCAUCCUCAGAAGACUCCAUGUCACCAUCGGACUCUCCCAGUCCAAAGCGGUGUCCAAGGCAGCAGAGAGGCUUUGCCUCCAUCACUGUCACAGCCAGGCGUGUUCCUGUGGGCUCUGGAGACCUGGCACGUGGCCCUGGGGCUGGCCAGGAGCCCAGCACCGUGUCCCCCACGUCCAGCAAGGUCCCUGCUCUCCUCAAGCACUGGCCUCCCCCAGCCCGUGCCAACCAACCUCCUUUAAAGGUUUCCAAGUCUUGCUCAAACUUAGGUGAAGAACCCCAAAAGCAGCUUUUUGACCCUGGAAUCAAGGAGGAUGGCGUGGCUCUCCAAAGCAGUGAUAGGAGGGAGAAAAUUCCAGCUUCAUUCAUCUCCUGUGUCCAGCUCCAGGUGUCUGAGCCGUGUCCAAGCACCAUCUAUUAUUUGGACAAGUCACUCAGUGUGUGCAUUGAUCAACCUCCAGUUAAAUGCCAAAAAAUGUAUAGAUCCACGUUGUCCUUGAGCCUGAAGUGCAGUUUGUCCGGAUUAACAGCAGAUGGAGUAGAUGGCAUAGCUAAUGGAGAGCCCAUGGAGGAGAGAGCUCCAAGGAAGCUCCCGGGAGCGCACCGGGCUCCACUCAGAUCCCACCUGAGCGCAGACUUCACGGGAAAUAAGGUAAUUAAGGAGAAGAAAACAAAGGAAGGACAUUUGGGUCGUAAAUACCCUUUGCAAAGUGUCUUUGCCUCGGGACUUCCAGCGUUUGUGGAUAUUCCCAGAGAACCUCCCAAGGCAGCAGCAGCAAAGGAAGAGGAUGAGCAGCCUGGCAGCCACCACGCUGUGUUUUCCCUCCAAAUUCCUAAUUCGAGCAAUGAGGCAGGAACACCAAUGCUGUUGGGAAGCAGGAAGAGGAGCAGCACAACAACCCCUGGCUCCCUUCCAGAUGCAGCCCCCAGAGAAACCAUUGCUGCUGCUCCUGAUGGCUCAUCCAACUGGGCAGAUCCCUCCAAAGACACCUCCAAAUCCAAAGAGAUCCAAGCACAGGCUGUCCUGAAACCAAAAAUGUCCUUCUCCAGCAGCGUGUGCAACAUAACGGCGUCAUCAAGGAUCCUCUGGGAGGAAAAUGUUCAUGGGCAAAAGCAGCUCCUAAAAAGCAAUUCUGAAUCCCCGGCUCCGAGGGACAGAACGAAGGAGCUCGAGGCACAGGACCAGCGGGGAGGCAGGAGGGUGACACUGCCCACGGUGACACUGCCCACGGUGACACUGCCCACGGUGACACUGCCCAGGGCCCUCUCUCCAGGUGUGACCUGGGAGAAAAACCUGCUCACCUGGCCAGGAUCCAGCUCCCAGCUGGAGCAAACUCCAGCAGUCCCACGGACACUGCGGGAAGCCCUGGAGAUCCACAACCCUGAGUUCAUCUCCCGCUCCCAGAAGAGGCUGAGGAGGCUGGAGCUGAUGGUGCAGCUGAGGAGGGCCCAGCACAGGGAGGCUCCCCCAGGCACCCCCCGAGCUCUGGCUCCCAAGCUCUCCACCUCCACUUCCAGCAAGAAGAAGCAAUUCACCAUCCCUGACCCGCUCAGUGAUAACCUCUUCAAACCAAAGGAGAGAGUCAUUCCUGAGAAGGAGAUGCACAUGAGAUCUAAAAGGAUUUAUGACAAUUUACCUGAGGUUAAAAAGAAACAAGAGGAGAAACAGAAGCGGAUCAUCAUCCAGAGUAACAGGCUGCGUGUGGAGAUGUUUAAAAAGCAAUUACUGGACCAGCUCCUUCACAGAAACACAGAGUGACAAAGGAGCCUCUUUCUCAUCAUCCUAAUUGGAUCUUGAAUGCCUUUGACUUCUAGAUAAGCCAUAAAAUUAACUGUUAUCUCAAUUACCUGGAGGUAUUUUUCUUAUCUUGGCUCUUUAUAUAAAGAAAGAUCAUUUAUGUUUCAAUUGAAAUUUUAAGGCAACUUUCAAGUAAUCAAAAACAGCCUAAAAGGGAGCACAGCUGUCCCAGAGCAUCACCUUUUGGUCAUUUUACCCAGAGGAAAUGAUUUUAAGAAUUUUUAAUGCAAAUACUGCAUUACAGGGGUAUUAUUUAUCUUAAUCCUUUUUUUAAAAAGUACACUUCUCUGUAGCAAUAGCCCAGUGUUUAUAAGACGUGUAAAACUUAUUUCUCUGAAGUAUUUUCUUAAUUGAUUUCCUGUGAGUUAAAUCCUUGAAGAAAACUCUUAUUUGUUAUGUUUAGGAACCAGUUGAAAUAGCAUUACCACAUCAUCAGAGCAACAGCAGUUUCACAUUAAUACUUAACAUUCCAAAGGGGACCAAUAUUUCAACUUUCUGAAGAACUCCAUUCCUAUUCAUAGAGUGAAACAACCUAGCGAGCUCUCCCAUUAAAAAACAAUAUUUAAAUAUUUGUUUAUAACACUUUUUUUCACGUUUUUCAUUGUAACUUACGUUUUACUCCACUUCUGUGAGCACAAAGUGUUUCUAGAAAUGGCAGAUGAAGGAGUGGUGCCAAGAAGGAUGUUUGCAUCAAGACGUGCAGAACUCAAACCAGCUGUCACGUUUCCUCCAAAAAAAUAUUUAAAUCUUUAUUUGUACACGUUGGAAGUAAAAACAAGCAGCUCACAAACCAAUGGAGUUUAUUUAUGGAAUAAAGCAUGAGGAUAAUAUUGAUCCAAGUGCUGUGUUUUUAUUUGGUGCUGUUAAAUAAAACACAAUUAUUGAAACUGCC